ACAGAUGACAUCGUGCCUGAUGUGAUUAAAAAGUUCGAUAACGACAGUGGAUGGGACACCGACCUUGACGAAGACGACGAAGGAAAAUUAAAUUUUGAUGUCACUGGUAAAAACAUCUACCUAGAAACUUGUAACGAGAUGGGGGUAGUUCCUGCUUCCUACUUCAUACGCCAUAUGAACGACACCACUCUUGUCAUGAAACAUCAUGGACUUGGAGCUCAUGGGGCAAAGGCUAUCGCCGUACCUUUAUGUACGAAUACCACAGUUUUAUCUCUCGAUCUAGAAGACAACAGUUUAGAAGCGGAAGGUGCUCAUUGUAUUGCUGAUAUGCUCAGAGAUAAUUGUUAUAUUACCGAAUUGAAUGUCUCCCGGAACUACAUAGCAUCAGACGGAGCCCGUGCAAUCUGUGAUAUGUUACCCACAAAUAGAACGCUGGCAAAAUUAAAUAUGUCUUGGAAUGGGCUUAAAGAUAAAGACGCUGAAUUUUUAUCAACCUUCAUACUGGAAAACAAUCGAGUCAAGGAACUGAAUUUGAGCCACAACGAGUUUUCGGACGUUGGCGGCGAUUUGCUUGGACCAGCAAUAGCUGAAAACGAAACAUUAGAUAAACUCGAUUUGAGUUGGAAUCAUUUGCGGCGGUCCGGAGGUGUAGCAGUGGUUGAUGGAAUCAAGAACAACGCCAGAUUAAAGGUGUGCAACUUAGCUUUUAAUGGUCUUGGUACUGAGGGUGCCGCAGCAGUAGCAGAUCUUCUUAAACAAAACAACGUCCUGCUGGAUCUGGAUAUCAGCAAUAAUCGAAUCACAGCAGAAGGUGCAUUGCUAGUAUCAAGAGGUCUAGAUGCCAACGAAACACUCAAGUCGUUCAAGAUGGGAAGUAAUCCAAUUUGCACGACUGGUGCCCUGUUCAUUCUCAAGGCCAUUCAUAAUGAACGAAGUGUGCUGACGAACUUGGAUCUCUCGAAUACACAAGUGGAUAAGGAGUUCAUUGAAAUGAAGAAGGAGAUUCAAUCUUCCCGUGUUAUACAGAUCCUCCAUGGGAAGGUUGUAGGCGAUUUUGAGGUAAAAGGCUCAGCUCGGCAAUUAAGUAUCAGCACCGACGAAGACCUGAGUAAUUUUCUUGGCACACCACUAGAUGUGUUCCUCAAGACGGAUCCUAUGGCCAUAUUGAGAGCGUACGUGGACAAGAAAAAUCUCAGGCUCAUUGACUUCUUUAAUACAGUCGACAAGGAUAAGAAUUAUAAGAUUUCCGCAGAAGAAUUCAAGAAAGGUGUUCAGAUGGCAAACAUAGGCCUGACGGAUGACCAGAUUGAUAGGUUAGUGCGGAGGCUAGACAGUGUGGAGACAGACGGCAUGAUUGACUACAGGGAACUCUGCGAAGGCAACGUCGCCUACAUCAAGGAAAGGAGGAGGGUUACCAAGCUCACUCAAGACCUGCUGAAGAAAAAGGUUGAAGAACGACCAGAUGAUAAACUAUUAAUGGGACUAAGAACAGACGGAAGCAGGUCGCCAUUUAUUACUCCUCUGGGAAGUCCAAAGAGCGGUCGGAGUCCUCGAGCGUCACCCACACUGGAUGUAGGUGCAGCUGAACAGCACUACCUCAGUCGUGAAAUUGUAAGCAGUGUUUGA